GACAUAAAAUUCACCAACGUCGACCGUACCGUCAUCAAAUUGGCAAUAUAAAUUCUAGGCUUCUAACUUCUUUUUCCUGCGCACUUCUAUCAACAUGGCGGCCUCUGGACAGAAGAAAGGCAAGAAGAAGAAAGGGAAGACUCUGAAUCUAAAUGAGUUCCUGUCAACAGGUGAUAAUACUCCUGCUCCUGGUACCAGCUUUGUUUAUUCUUCAAAAUCAUCAUGGGCAGAUGAAGCAGCAGAUGCAGAUGGGGAUUAUUCCUCUUCAACACCAUGGGGAAAUUCCAGCGCAUCUCUCCCUGAGCGUAUAUCCCUGCCCACUGCACCGAAGAGUGCCCAGCAAGUGGAGAUAGACAAGAGCAAGCUUCCACCAAAUCCUCCUUACACUAUCUACCUUGGCAACCUACCUUUUGACUGUGCAACAGAAGAUAUCAUGAAGUUUCUCAAUGGAGCUAACUGUAAUGUGAGUGAUGUUAGGUUACCAACAGAGGGGGACACCCAGCGGCUUAAAGGCUUUGGAUAUGCAGAGGUUGAUGAUAUGGAAUCAUUGUACAAGGCACUAUCCCUCAACAAUGCACAAUUAAAAAGCAGACGGAUUCGUGUUGAUCUGGCGAGUCAGGCUCAAACAGAUGGCAAAGGUGGUGACAGAGGCUUCUUUGACAAAACCCCUGGUGAUUGGAGGAGAUCUGAUAACUCAAAUAGAAGUGAAUGGAAUCAGGGUGGAGAUAGAUAUGGUAGCUCUAACAGACCUAGUGGACCUAGCGAGAGUGAUAGAGAUAGAUGGCGGGAUAGAGGAAGUUCUGAUAAUGCUGGCAGCAGGGGAUAUGAAGGGGAUAGAAGUUAUAACAGAGACCGUGGAGGUGGAUAUGAAAGGAACUAUGAUCGUGGAGGAGGAGGAGGAGGAUUCGAAAGGAACCUUGACAGAGACAGGGGAGGUGGCUUUGGUAGGGAAUGGGAUCGUGGGGGUGGUAGUGGCGGCUACUCUCGUGGUGGUGGAUCCCAGCAAGAUUAUGGUUCUGAUAGACGGAACGAUAGAGGUCCCGAUAGGGGCUAUAAUCGUGGUGGUGGCCCUGAUAGGGGUUAUGACAGAGGUGGUCCUGAUAGCAGCUAUGGUAGAGGCGGCGGCCCUGAUAGGGGCCCUGACAGGGGAUAUGAACGGGGAGGACCAGAUAGAGGUGGAAUGGACAGGGGCUAUGAGAGAGGUGGAUUUGGCCCAGGCAGAGAUGAAGAAAGAGAUCAGUGGAGGAGAAACGAUAGCAGUGGGCCUGCAAGGAGAGGAGAUGAAGAUGACUAUGGACCUCCUGAAAGAGAAGCACCUCGUGAGAGGAAGAAGCUGGUUCUACAGAAAAGAACUCAACCCAUUGAAGAGAAUCCUACCAAAGCAGCAAGUGCUGCUUCCAUCUUUGGAGGGGCUAAACCUGUAGACACUGCUGCUAGAGAAAGGGAGAUAGCAGAGAGACUUGAGAGGGAAAAGAGACAGUUUGAACAACAGAAACACACGCAGAAUUUGGAUAAAGAAGUCCCUAGGAAAGACGGCCCAGAGCAUACCACUGCCCGUGUAAGGAGAGACAGUGAAAGAUCAGAAGGAAGGGAAGGAAGAACACGUCACAGUAGCUCAGGCUCAGGAAGGGGAGGUCCAAGACCAGUAAUAAUGAGAAGAGAAAGUGAAAGGUCUAAUGAUGAAGAGGUAUUUCAUAAAGACGAUCAAGCACCAGUCUCGCCUACUCCUACUUCUCCGCCUCCACCCAAGACUCCUACCUCACCUAGGCAAGAAGAUGUUAAGUUAAUACCAGCCCCGCCUCCAAAGGAGAAUGCAUGGGCAAAGCGCAGUGAGACAGUAGCAUCACCUCCAGCCAGCUCUACAGUAGGCAAAUCUUCACAUGCCCCACCAUCAGACCGAUCAUAUAGUGACUCUGGUGCAUGGAGGGACGGUGAUAAACCAAGGGGAGGAGGGCCAUCUGCGAGAGGGAGAGAAGGUGGUGGACGAGGAGGAGGAGGAGGAAGAGGACAGCCUGAUGGUGAGAGAAAAUCAAGAGAUGAUGGACGAAAUAAACCCCCCGGUCCUAUGCCCAAGUAUGAGGAACCAAAAGCUAGGGACUGGUCAGAUGCCAAUAAGUUUUCAUCCCUCUUAGAAGAUGAGCUUGGGAAUGCAUCAGAUUAACACCUUUCUAUGAGAUCAAGUUAUUUCAAAAAUCUUUUGCGAGAGCAUGGAGUAUCCAAAGGUGUAGCAUUUUAUAUUUUCACUUUGCUUUUCACUAUGAUAUGAGUAUCUAUGUUUUUUCCAUGCUUUCUUGAGAUUUUGAGUCUCAAAAUUUUUUAUUAUCCUUUCAUUUUAAAGUCUGUUUAUAAAGUUUUGGUAAAAUAUAUUCAUUUUCAAAGUUUGAAUUCAGCUUCAAAUAAAAUGAAUUGGAAUGGAUACCAUAAAACACAUGUGUGAAAGAUUCAGACUAAAAAUAUGACAUUUUAGGAGAAAAUACAAUAUUGUCUAGAUUUAUUUUGUCGGGAUCCCCCAAAACAUGAAAAAUCUGUUGUAUUUUUUUUUUAGCUUAAAACCAUUUCCCAAUCAUGGAACAUGGUGAAAAUGUGAGUAUUCAAUAUUUGUAUAAAGCUUCCUGAUCAUAUGCAAUUACCAAAGUUGUAAGGAAAGUGUUUGAAUUGCCUUUAUUCAGACACAUAAAAAUAUUUCCGAGAGAGAUGGCACUAAAUCAGAGAAAUUGAAAAACUCAAAUUUUUACAAAUUGGUAUUUGAAGAGUUAGAUAAAAUGGUCCUUACUAACUUCGAAAGAUUGGAAUGAAAGAAUUAUAUUUUUAUGUAAUUCAUAUUAUUUUACUAAGAUUUAGACAAGCAUUUAGUUGACUGUAUUAAUACUGUUGUUGAAGUUUCUUUGAAAUGCUCCCUCUGUAUGUAAUGUUAUCACUAUGGCAUAGCCAAGUAACUGCACAUUAAAUUCAUCUUCAAACAGACUCAUUUUGAAUACAAUGAACCAUGUUGAUAAAAUCCUUGUAGUAAAAAUUAAGAUAUUGUGAAUUUUAUUGAUUGUAAUCUGUCUUAUAAAGAGAAUAUAAAUGAGUGGUAUCUAUUUUAUGGGUUUUUUUUAAGGUCAUGUGGUUUUUAAUUUCCAUUAGAGAAGUAAAGUUAGUUUUAUAUAAAAAUAUCAAAUUGGAUCCAGGUUAGAUUUGAUGAGAUGUACCCAUUAAAAUCUUAGGCAUAGCUUUACUUAGAAUUUUGACAUCAUUCAAACUUCAUAAUGAGGAUUUGCAAAAAAAAAAUUGAAAUGAAAAGUUAUCUCAAUAUAUUAGACAGGUACGUCAUCUGAAUCAUAUGCAAUGCAUUUUCAUUUACACUUCACGACAUGAUGUAUGCAAGUAAGACAUUAGAUUCACGGAAUAUAUUAGACUAGAUUAACCUUCCCUUCCAUAGUAUCUGUUAAUCUCUUCUAUUAGAAAUUUUGAAUUUGAAUUAUUCAAAGGAAUGCCCUCCAAAAUCUUAUUUGUUUUAAUAGAAGCAGAUAUGGAGAGAACAGUUUAUUAAAAUUUAGGAAACUUCUAAAGUUACAGAGUUUAUUGAAGAUGAUCUUUUAUAAAGUUGUAAGUUUAUGACAUUUCAUGCAACCUCACUCAUCCUCAUUUAAUCUUCAUUAUAUUCAAUAUUAUAUUGUAAUUGAUCAAAUACCUCUCCAUGCAAAAAUUAAAUGGUAAAAACAAAGUAUUUUUAAUUUAUAUAUUGAGGAUACAUGGAAAAAUGAGAUUUUAUUUUAACAUAAAUAUCUGAGAUGAUGUGACAGCACAAUCUGUAUUUGAUUUCUUACAAACCUAAAGAAAUAAUAUGAUUCUCAUUUAUUUUCUUAGACUAAGCGCUCUUCAAUAAUAUAACAUGAUUGCCUAGGUUUUACCAGUGUAGUUGUUUAUUUGCUCUUCAUUUCAAAGAAUAGAAUAUAUAAAGCCCCAUUUGCCUCACCUUGGUUCAGUGUAGCACAAUGUUGAUUAAUUUCUAAUAUAGGUUAAACAAAAAUAAUAUUCCUAUUUUGUAUAUCAAAAAACAUUUGAAAAACUUGCAGCCUUGUUCCCCCGAUUUCCCUGCACAUUCUCAAACUUUGCUUUACUGAUUCCAAGAAAAAUUAUAAUCUUGUGUAUUUUUAGCUUUGAUAAAUGGCUUUACGAUAAAUCCCUUUUUUUUAAUAUAUAGCAUAUAUCAUAUUUGAUGCCUGUAGACCAUUUUUUUUAAUUGUCAUAUUUUCUUUAAAUGCAACCAUUAACAAUGUAUGACAAUACUUGCAAUAAUAUUUAAAAAUAAUACUAAUAGUCAGUUCUUGUAUAGCGCAUAACACAUUAUGAAUAACGUCUCUAUGCGCUGUGAAAUGUGAGAUUCUUGAUUUUUUUAAUAACAUAAUACAUGUAGUUAAUUUAGCUGAAACUUGGUAUACAGUGAUCCAGGCCCACCUGUGAUUGGUUGAUUGAUUUUCUGAGUUUUGUUUUUAAGCUCAACUCUUUUUGUAACAGUCCCCUGGAACUAUUGUUGUGAAUGGAUAUUUUCUAUUUAAAAAAAUCAUUCCUAAGUAAAGACAUUGGAGCAAAGUUCAUAAAAAUAAUGUUUAUGCUUUCAGGCUGUAAGAAUCCAGUUCUUCAUCUGUCUGAUUCCAUAUGAAAAAAACUAUUCCAAUCUUGCUUUUUGAUGGUCUUAGUGUUUCUCAAUACAAAUCUCAAAUCAGGUAAAGAGUUAAAACGUGUUACUUAAUCAUGAUGAUGUUCUAUUUUUCUGCAUUUUUUUUUACAUUUUCUUCCUUCAAGGAUGAUUGUGCUUUGAAAAUAUUAGUUAUCUAGUAUAUUUGCAUUUUAGUGAGGAAUAUUCAAGAUGAAAAUGAGUUUUCAUGGCAUUGUUUACAGUAUUUAGGUUAUGAAUACAUCUGUCCUUUAGGAAAAACACUGGUCCUUGCAUAGAAUGAUUUCUAUCUCUUCAGGAUUUUAUUAUCUAGGAAUAAGGCGCUAAAUGAUAUGAUCCACUUUGAAUAUUUUUUUUGUAACAUGCUUUACUGUGUGGUUAUUUUUAUCUUGUCAAUAUCCUCCAUUUUGCUGCUGUAUUUUUUUCCUUCCUCUCAUGAUAACUUCAUACUUUUCGAAAGAGUAUUAUCUUUGCUUCAGAAAAGUUUGUUGGUUAAAAAUUAUGAAUGUGUAUAUAAACUUGAGAUUUCAAUAAUUGUUGUGAAUGGAAACAUAUCUGAAUUGUUUUAUUUAGAAGGCGAGUAUCACAUUACCACUUGAUUGGAGAGAGGAUACUCAUACAUCAAAUGCCUGAUUUUAGAAUUCAAAUGUGGCAAAGCCCAAUACUGUAUUUCUGUACUACAUUUUAAAGAUCUAUCUUGGUUAUUUUUGGAGUAUUUCUCAACAGCGUUCAUAUAUGUUUCUUGAAUUAUGAACUUGAACGUAUGAAAUUUUGAAUGAAUGUGAAUAAAGUACAAAAAGAUGGAGA